AUGCAAGGGCCAGACUGCCAGGAGGAGGAGUGGGUUGGGGAGCAGUUAAUUGCAGGGGAGCAGUUUGUCCAGGAGGGGGAGAGGGAGGGCACCAUGGAGGCAAUGGAGCUGGUGGGAGAGGCAGAACCACAGUCAGAGGACAAAGCAAAGCCACAAAAAGCAAAGCCAGUGCAGCAGGAGCAGGCCCAGCCAGAUCCUGCUGGCAAGUGCACCUGGUCCCCACUCGAGAUGCUCCAGGCCCUUCAGUUGGAGAUGGAGCCCAUGAAUGAGCAAGCCAGAAGAGCCUUCUCUCGGCUCAGGCGCAGGAUGGGGCAGAGGCUCAAACCCUAUUUGGAACGGAGAAGCCUCAAUAUCCAGCGCAUUCCUGGAUUCUGGGCCACAGCUUUUAUCAACCACCCGGUUUUGUCCACCAUGAUCGGCGUGCAAGAUGAAAACAUGCUUCGCCACAUGAUCGACUUGAAGGUGAGGGAAGUCAGACAUUCUGAGAAUUACUGCACCAUCAGCCUGUACUUCCACAGCAACCCCUACUUUGUCAACAAUGUAAUUGUAAAGGAGUAUCUUAUCACAGUCACAGGAUACAGGGCGUCCCGUGCCACUCCCAUUCAGUGGUACCAGCAUUGUGAAAGGGAAGCUUACAGCCACAGGCACCAGGACAGCACCCUCACCCUCUUCAAUUGGUUCUCUGACCACAACUUAGCAGGAUCUGGCAGGAUUGCUGAGAUCAUCAGCAAGGACCUAUGGCUCAACCCCCUGAAGUACUAUGAGAGGACAAUGGCUUCAG